AUCAGACACAAAUUAUGUUGCAACCUCCGAAUGUGUGGUGCUGAUAAUAACUUCAUCAGUGGAGAAAAGACCCUGAUUUGGCUACAUUCUGCGUGGGAGAGUGAACAUGUGUUAUGAUUGACGUCACUAAACGCGUAAUGCCAUCAAUACCUCAAUAGAUGGUAUCCAGCUCUGUACUAAGUCUAGUUUUCUGAAAAUGAAAGUAAUGUUACACACUGGUGGAGAGAGUCAUCUACAAUUUUAAACUCAUAUUUACCAAACACUAUUUCAAUAUCACAGAAAUUGAAUUACGUUUAGUUGCUUAAUAUCCCUGUUAGCAUAAUUAUAGGCUACCGAAUGGAACUACACUCACUCUGUGAUUCUGGUACUGAAGACGUCUGCCGCAGUCAACUAGUACACUACUGUAACUGUCUACUUACAAUACAUGGAAAUAAAAUUUAAAAGGACUCUGCAAUUGUGAGACAAAUAUGUGCCCCGAUGUGAGUGCGAAGAACUCCAACAGAUCCAAGAUCCAAGAGUUUUACGAGGGUAAAGUAAUUUUCCUAACAGGCGGAACAGGAUUCCUGGGUAAAAUACUCAUUGAUAAACUGCUCCGUACCUGUCCUACUGUUGAAACAAUCUACUUACUUAUGCGUGAAAAAAAUGGUUUGACCAUUGAAGAAAGGCUGACAAAACUGCUGGAUGAUGUGGUGUUUGCAAGGCUUAAGAAAGAGAAUCCGGAAUUUGCAAAGAGGCUCUCGGUGGUUCAUGGAGACCUUCACAUACCUAACCUAGGACUCAGCGCCAAUCAUGUAGCCUUGCUGUCCGAGACUGUGGACAUUGUGGUACACUCAGCGGCUACACUGAGGUUCGAUGAGAGACUCGGUGUUGCCAUCACGACAAACGUGGCCGGUACCAAACAGCUCUGUUUGCUUGCCCAAGAGAUGUCUAGGCUGAAGGCAUUUGUGUACGUGUCCACAGCCUUCUCUAACUGUGACUCUGUCGUUAUACCGGAGAGUGUCUGUCUACCUCCUAUCUGUCCGGAUACCUUAAUACUGCUCUCGGAGCUGCUCGAUGAAAAAAUGUUGGACAACAUCGCGCCUCUAUUGCUAGGUGCCAAGCCUAACACCUACAUCUAUACUAAGAGUGCUGCAGAGGGGCUGAUCAACAGAUUCAGUUCAACCCUGCCAGUUGCCAUACUGAGGCCUUCCAUUGUGAUAUCUACACUAUCAGAGCCGUUGCCAGGCUGGAUCAAUAAUAUACAAGGACCCACAGGAGUAGUGGCCAGUGCUUCCAUAGGAGUACUAAGAGCAAUUCUGUGCAACGAUCAUGCGGUGGCCAACCUAGUACCUGUAGACUACACAGCUAAUGCUAUCCUGGCACUGGCCUACAGUGUCGCGACCCAACAAUGGCACAACAUAAAAGUAAAGAACGGCCUGCCAGUGAUCAACUUCGUAUCGACCCAAGCCAAUAAUAUCACCUGGGGCCAGUUCGGGGAUACUAUGGAGAAGUACAUACGACUCUAUCCCUCCCUCAACCUCAUGUGGUACCCCUUCGUGCUGCGACCUCAGUCACCCUGGUUAUCUGCUGUCUACAACAUUCUCUUACAUUACCUGCCUGCUUUGGUAGUGGACUCUCUGAACACGUUGUGUGGCCGGCCAGCCAGGUUACGAAUGCUUUGCGGCCGCCUCGACAAAUAUUCUCAGGUACUGAGAUACUUCUCCUGCCGGCACUUUCAGUUCCAGGAGAACAACCAGAGGCUUCUAUGGGAGAGCCUGGAGCCUCAGGAUCAACAGGAGUUUCCAUUUCACAUGGGUGAGAUCUCCUGGGAAGUGAUGAUGGCAGAAUACAUUAGAGGCUGUAGACAAUAUUUACUAAGAGAAGAACCUGCCACAGUUGUCAAAGCCAGACGGAGGCUGCAGCUGUUGUAUGCUGUUCAUCUGGUUAUUAAGGGAGCACUGUUAUUUGUAUCAGCAAGAGCUAUAUGGAACAUUUCCAAACACAUAGCAAGAGGAUUCAUACAGCAUGUUCCUGCCCUCAGUGGAAGGAUAAAGUUCUAAUAUUAGUUAAAAUAUUUUUAAGAAAUAUCCAAUGUGUCACAGAGCUUAACACCUAUCCAGCAAUUUUAUGUAAUUAAUUUUGUUAUAUUUUAGAGAAGGAAACAAUGUUAUGGCAUCAAUCAAAUAGUGCUUUAAUUUAUAAAUUCACAAACUGAAACAAACAUAUUUUAAAUUUAUAUUUUAAUUUGUCUUAUUUUUUCUGAAUAUUUAUAUAAUAUCAACCAUUUAUUAUUUCUUGUUACUUAUUAUAUUGGAAUAGUAGGCUAUUAUAAUUUUGUUAAUAUUUAUAAAACUUUUUUACAGUUGUUUUGUAAGAGGAGGCUGUGAUUCUCUUUCUGGACUUAUACAAAUAUAAAUAUGUUUAGUUUAAAAAAAGAUCUUAUUUACUUUUUGUCUAUAAAGUUGAAACAAAUGAUAAAGACAUUCAGUUUCCACCAUUGAUAUAAUAUCUAGUGAAACCCCAAGUCCUUAUAUUUAUAUAUUAUUGUUGUCCAUGGUGUGGCUAUUAAAUAAUGAGACUAACAUAAAAAAUGUUAAUUUUUUUAUACAUAAUCACCAUCACUGAAGGUGACUUCAAUAUACACUCCUUCUCUAUCCCUACAAUGCUCUAUGUUGCUGUCACUUUUAAAAGAUUUAAAAACUUGUCCCCAUGAUAAACAUUCACUGCCAUACACUUCUUUCAGCAAAUUAUAAGCUUCAGUAGCAGUUUUUCUAAGUUUAAAGUGAAAUUUCUCAAUAAUUUGUUGCUCUACCAGUACACUAACUAUUUUAUCCUGCAAAAAAAAUAAAUAAAAAAACAAGAAUGUAAGCUCUGACUAAACGGUGUUGUUUAGUCAGACAUCUGUACAGAAGCAAGAAUAGCUGCAUACUAAAGAGAAAGGUUUACACUAAACAGCUGUUGAUUAAUAGAGGUUGACCCAUGUCUCCUUUAUCCGCAGCAGCAGUGUCAGUCUCUUAUUUAAUAGCCAUAUUAUUUACAGUAAAUUUACAACAAAUUGUAUUUCAGUGAGGUUUUAAAAAGUUAAAUAUUUUAAAAUAGUAAUGUAAUAUUUAAAACAUUAUUAUAGAUUAACACAUUUAGUGCGGCCGGCCCCACGUGGUUAAGUUUUUUCUACAUAACAAUUUUUCAGCAUCCGGUAACCCUAAUUAUGCUUUUUGUCGCAGCGAAUGUAUUAAAAAAUAACUAGCAGCCUAGCACAAAAUUUCAUAGGGUUUGCACGUGUAUGAACACUUUUGGUUCAAGUGAAUUCUAUUUCCAGUGCCAAUGUUAAGUUUACAAGCUUACCUAGUUGCUGAUCAAGAAAAUAUGCCAAAACUUGUAUAUGUAUGGUAAUUUUAAUUUACUCUGAUCUUAGUAUUUUGUUUCAUAGUUGAUUUCGUCUUGUUUUCCGAUAAAGAAAAUAUAUAAAAGGCAGUUGGUUAAAGGUUGAAAUAAGAAGUGUUGUUACUAUCAAGCAUACUCUAUGCUUUCACACUAAACAUUGAAACAAAUAUAAAGUAGUUAACUAGGUGCCCUAAGAAUAUUCAUGUAAAAUUUCAGUAUAAUCGGUUGAAUAGUUUACGGGUUGAAUAAAGUAUAACAAAUAAAGGCACUUUCGCAUUUAAAAUAUUAUUCAUUCAGCACCUGAAAACUCUGUAAAUGUUUAUAAAUGCUGAUGUUGCUUAAUUUUCAUGAAAUAGUGUUAAGAAUUUAUUUAUAUCUAAUACUUUUUUAAUUAUACAUGUUAUAAUAAAGUAUUCUGUUCUUCUUGUACCCAGUAAAUGUGUGCAUUUUAUAAUUCUAUCAUUCUUAACUGAAUACAGUAUGUGUUAUGGAGAUCCACUCAUAGAGUAGAAUGUUCAUUUACUCAAUGGACAUUUUGUCAUUCUUUCUCAGUAUUUUCUUGUGUAAAACCCACAGUGGGCGUAUUGAACCUAACCAAUCAAAAAUAAGUAGGUGGAGCUAAACAUAUCAAUGUAUUAUAAAUUAAAUUGAACCAUUCUUAAAUACUUGGCAUGGGCAUUCUUAAAUACUUCAUGCUCCAGCCGCGUGUUCACCUAGUUCUUCAAGUGGCCCAAUAUUCCAGACACUAUUUACCCUGUGUUAGGAAUAAAAUUGGAGUGAAGUUAGUUUGUUGCUUCUUUGAUGCAGUAACCCUUAAAUAAAAAUGAUUAAAUUUCACAAUUUUACAUUAUGUCUGUUCUGUUUAUUAGAUCAGCUUAAGCAGACAUCUUUUUACUCAUAUGAUAUAUGGAGAGAUUUUAAGUUAAAUUUUCACUUUGAAAUACACUUGCAAUAUAUUGCAGUGUAUGUACUAUUAUGAAGACAAUUUAAUGCUUAAAAUACAAGUAUAGUAGAACCUCUCAUAUCCGACAUUCCCACAUCCGACUCCUUCAGAUAUCCGACCUAGUGUCCAACCGUCUGUGUGAUCCGUUGGCGAUCCUGUUGAGACUUGAUUUUUACCGCCCCACUUUACACCUUUAAUACAUCCUAUAGAUCAAGGCAUCAUUAAGUGACUAAAGAGAAGAUGCACAAGAGAAUAUGUCUGUCGGCUCUCUCAUGGAAAAAAAAAACAGAAAAUGAUGUAUCAUAACCUUUUUGAGGCAAUUAAAAGUUUAAAUAUAAAAAUUCCAUCUGCAGCUUGGGAUGAAAGUAGACAAACCACCCUUCAGAAGGCUUGGAAAAAGAUUUGGCCAUCAUUGAAACAAUAAGAACCUGAGACUGAUCAACUUCGACAGAAGCAGAUGUUGAGACAAACAAAAUAGAAACAUUACCAAAUCUACAAGUGUUUCAGCAUGAUCUCCAGAUGACAUGUAGAAAAGUGACUUGUUGAAGGUAAUGUACUCAAGAAACUGAAACGCUGUGUCACGUGUGUCAGUUCAGAAAUAAAAAAUGUCUCAAACUCCACCAUGACAAUUCCCCGAGGCCACACGGCCUUCGUCAUUACUCACUACCUGACCCAUAAAAAGACCCCUGUGGUGCCCUAGCCUCUUUACAGCCUUGAAUUGCCUCUGUGUGAAUUUUUUUUGCACUGGGAGUCGGUGGUGAACAUCUAAGCUCACGUUACUAGGUUCCUGAGAGGCAUUCCAGUCGAGGAGGUCCAGGGUGCUUUCCAGGCAUGGCAGAAUCAUCUAUGCAGGUGUAAUGAUGCAGGAGGAAAGUAUGAUGAAGAAUUUUAAUCAUUUGUAACAAUCAAAUGAAUAAAUCUAUUUUUCUUA